AUGUUUGGUUUCUUCCAGCCCAUCGUUGCUCCGAUCAACAACGCCCUAACUCGCAUCCAGGACAUUCGCACACGUCUCGAACUCUCCAACCCAGGCACCGUCGAGCACCUUCAGCGAGAGGUCAAGGGCGUGCACACCACCAACUUCAUGUUCGACGGUGCACGUGCCGAUCUGACCAAGGCGAUCAGCAUCAACCCCAUCUUCCAGGUCACUCACGCCUUCUCCAUGGGCUCCCAAGCCGCUCCUUCCUCGUACAACUUUGGUGCGGUGUACGGCGACAACAAGAACUUCUUCCAGGCUGGUCUCGACGACGGUCUCAACGUUACCAUGCGUGCCAACCGCGGUUGGGUCCCGGGACACACCACCAAGGUUCAAGCGCAGCUCACAGCCACCCCUGGCCAAUCGUUCGUCCAGAUGGAGCACGACUACCAGGGCACCGACCACUCGGCCAACUUCAAAGCUCUCAACCCAUCACCCACCGACCUCACCGGCAUCUACAUUGUCAACUACCUCCAAAGCUUGACGCGCAACUUUGCCUUUGGUGUCGAGACUGUCUACCAACGUCCCUCCGCCGACAUGGAGGAGGCCAGCACGGGCUACAUCGCCAAGCUCACCGGCGACAAGAAGGACUGGAUCGCCACCGCCCAGGUGCAACCGCAGGGCGUUGCGCAGUGCACCUACUACCAGAAGCUCUCGGAGCAGGUGGAUGUGGCGGCCGAUCUGCAGAUGAUCACCAUGGCGCAGAAGCGCGAGGCGGCAGCUACGCUGGGUGCGCGCUACAACUUCAGGAUGGCGACGUUGAGGGCGCAGAUCGAUUCGGCGGGCAAGCUGAGCUCCGUGUACGAGACGAGGUUGUCGCCUGCGUUCGGGUUGACUUUUGCAGGGGAGAUCGACCAUCUGCAGGGUGCGGCCAAGUUUGGAUUCGGCGUUAGCAUCGAGAGCGGUAACGAGAUGGACCCGAAUGCUCCGCCUCCGACGCCCCCUUCGGUGCCCAUGUGA